GAGAAAAACGCUCUGAAUCCUUCAUGAGUACGUACAGGGUACAUGGACAGACAGAAGCGAAUGUGGGAGAGCUCUGUGCCACAUCUUCCGAGCAGCUGCUUCCUGCAGGGGUGUAAAUCUGAGACUUGUGGGCUAAUGAAUCCAGAUGAACAAACAUAGGAGAGGAGCUUUUCCUAGCAGGUCUUUCUCAAGCCACUUUCCAUACCCAGGACUUCCUUAGAGUAAUGGAAAUUGCUGUGUCAGUAUGAAAACCUUUGAGGAAGUUUCAUGCUAGAGGGUUUCUUAUAUUAUUUUGCUCUGUACAGUAUCUGAGGGCUGUGUAUGGUUCUGUUGUUUACUACUCAGCCUGUGAAGCAGGGAGGGGGUGUUUAAUUACCAUUACUAGCUGUUCCUGCAUGUGCAGUAACACCAAAUCUUGGAGGAUAAGCUAACUCAGUCACAAUAGGUUAAUCAAAGGAGCAGUAUUUUUUUUUUUUCACAGAAACAAAGGCUUAGGCACGUGUAGUGGUGCCAACAGGUAUAUUUGCCUUCACAUUUCCAUUAUAAAGCACUUCCUAGAUCUGUGUAUCUUUUCUAAGUUAAGGUGAAGAUGAAACCUGACAGUGGAGAGAGGGGGAGGAGGGGAGGAGGAGGGCUCUGGGGUGGAAAAGCUUAGGGAGCCCAGCAGGAUGUGGGAGACUUCAGGGAUGGCUCGCUCCUGCCCUCUCCCUGCGGCUGCGGGCUGACGUGCCUGUGCUGUGGUCACACCAGCACUGGGUGCUGCAGUGUCCCACUUUCAGGCCUUACCUGACCGAGUUUGUGUGCAGCUGAUAUGGCUGAUGCUCAGAGAGCUCUCGCUGUGGUGGAGUUACCAGUGAUUUUUAAAAUCUCACUGUUCAUGCUGUCACCUUGGUGACUGGGGAAUAUGUCUUGCAGAAACCCAUUCCUGGGAUAGAGCGAUGUCCUGACUAUGAGAACAUCAGGACUGCCAGCCUCAGGAAUUCGUGGAGCCACUGUAAACAAGCAGUUUCCCUCUCAGCAGUCAUUUGUCUGUGCAAAGGUGAAAUCGAAUGGUAAUGUAAUUAAAUGAAGCUGUGGUGUUCAGUGAGAACAGACGCUGCUAACCACCUCCAUUAAACAGCUAUUGAGGCAACACACCAAGGUACUUAGCUAAGCCACACACCCAAACCUUAAAAGGAAAUUGUCAGGCCUGAGAAGUGUCCACCAUCUUCAAAGGUAAUCAGUUUCUUGCCUCCAUGUGGUCACCGGUUGCCUUUGAGGAUUGUCCCCGAUCUAGAGUUUUUUAGACUCUUGACCAAUUAUAGUUUUUUCUAAACCAAUAGUAAUAAUGAGGGGCUUGUUUGUUUGUUUGUUUUAAAACUUGGCAGAGAUUCUCCAACACAAUUGCUCUGUAAGCGGAAUAAAAAGUACACAAUCUCCCUUUAAAGCAAGUAAUUUAGCAUCAAAGCAAUAGGGCAUCAGCUGGGCCCCAUUUAGCACCCAAAGCAAUCAAGACUGUUGUUAAAAUCUGGGAGCCCUACUUUGCCAAACAUGUGCAAGAAGGGAAUUAACACAAGGAGCCUCUUUUUUGUCCCUGGCUUCAACAAGGGAGAAAGCAGCUGUGAGGAGUGUCCUCAGAAGUUCACCUCAAUACCACAUGUGCCUCCACAGCCAAAUCAGAAAGCCUCUUUGUACAUGUAAGACUUUGAAUCUGGUCCAACCUGGCUGUUUUUCUCCUUAACUUUGGAGUACCCCUACAGCAUAGUAGUACCCCUAGUGCUUCUGGUGAGUGUAGCAGCAGGUUGAUAACCUACAGUUUCCAAAAUAAGAAGAGAUCUUAUCCAUAUUCCCAAACUUGAACCAGUAUCUGUUCUCUGACAUACCAAGGUAGAGUUUUGAUCUGUGCUAUCACUGAGUUAGUUACAGCAGUUUUUUCUACCCUUGGGCACCCUAUUUGCUGAAGUUGCAGCCUCCAACAAGAAAAUAUGCUGACACUGGGGGGAGACAGCAGCUCAGAAUUGUUUCCUUUUCUUGUUUAGAAACCAGAUGGGGAUGUCGAAGUGUAGUUUCGUACUGAGAGAAGUAUUAUGCGAUUAGUCCUGGCAAGUUUGAAAGAGGGAUAGGGAAUUCAAUUCAAUUGUGUUUCUGCAAGUGAGAGGAGGCAGAAAGGAUGGAGAGCCUUGAAAUGCUGAGUGUGUAAAGGUGUGCAGCUUGUUAGACAGCAGGGCAUCUACACUGGAUCCUUUUUGUAGAUGUUCCCAUCUCAGAAAGCGAGCCAAGUCACACUCUUCUGGUGGCUACAGAACUACAGAGUCUCUCCUUCUCCCCUGUUCUGUGAAAUUACUCUUCAGCAUUCAUGUUGUAGAGAUGGGCAGCUUAACCUUACAGAGUACCUCACUGGCACAGGUCUUGCAUUAUUGGAUGUUGUUUUUUGUCACCAGGGCCAAGUGUUGAAGACUAAGAAAAUAAAAGGAUUACUGGCUUUUAAACUUCUAGUGUGUACAACCUUAAGCUUGCUUUUACUAACACAAAGGCCAUGUGUUCUUAAACAAAUGCUGAAAUCUUUUAUAGUAAUAAAGAAAGGAAUUGUUGGGAUUUUAAGGGGAAAAAAACCAACUCUUCCAGAUUGUUAAAUUACUGAAGUGGCUGCUGGAAUAGGCCUUUUCUAACCUAAAGAAGCUUAGUGGCUGUCAGGUAUCUGUGGUCCUUAAAGUGAAAAAUUAGUGAAACAGCAUUCAAUGGGACUGUUUUCAUAGAAUCAUAGAACCAUAUAACGGUUUGAGUUGGAAGGGACCUUAAAGAUAAUCUAGACCUCCCACUAGAUCAGGUUGCUCAAGACCCCAUCCAGCCUGGCCUUGAACACUUCUAGGGAGGGGGCAUCCACAGCUUCCCUGGGCAACCUGUGCCAGUGUCCCACCAACUUUCUCAUAAUCCAUUUUAGACUUCAGCUGAAAUGACCUCAGCUUGAUUUUAGUACCACUGAAUGCUUUUAGUCUGAAGGCCACAAGACUUUUACCAGAGAUGGAGCAGCACUGGUGAUGGAGGAAGGCAGAGCUUCCUGAGCAGUGCCCCAGGGCAGGAGCGAUUGCUCUUGAGUGAUUGUGCUGCAAGUCAGGUAGAUAAAUAUUUUUCAGCUCUUCGAAGAGCCUCCAUACAAACAACUAUUUCUAACAUUCCCUUCCUCUGUUUUCCUCUUGGUGAUUAUCAGUUCCAGGUCUUUUGUCUUGCUCUUCUCAGUAAACACACUGCAAAUAUUCUGUCUGGGGCAGAGUCCUUCAUGGUUCUCCUUGAUCCCAGCUCUAACCUGGGACACUCAGCAUCUCUGCCUACCUGCUGACUGUCAAUACCCUGGCCUCAAUUCUGUCCAAUGCAGAGCACUGUGGCAAACUUUCGUAGUCCUCUUUCCAGCUCAGUCAUGGGAGAAACCAGUAGACUAAGCUGAAACAAAUCUCCCUUGUUUCAGCCUUCACCAGUUCUUCACAGUCUUUCAAAAUUGCUUCCAAAGAUGCAUCAGCUUGCUGCGUCAUCUCCCUGUUGACUGGAGCCCACAAGAAGAACAUGGACCUGUUUGAGCAAGUCCAGCGGAGGGCCACAAAGGCCUGGAGCGCCUCUCCUACAAAGACAGGCUUGAGAGAGUUGGGGUUGUUUAGCCUGGAGAAGAGAAGGCUUCAGAGAGACCUGUAGCCUUCCAGUACCUGAAGGGACUACAGGAAAGCUUGGGAGGACUUGUUACAAGGGCAUUUAGUGAUAGGACAAGGGUAAAUGGUUUUAAACUGGAAGAGGGUAGACUUAGGUUACACAUUAGGAAGAAAUUUUGUAUUUGGGAUGGGGCUUUGAGCAACCUGGUCUAGUGGAAGGUAUCCCUGCCAUGGAGGGGGCUAGAACAAGAUGAUCUUUACAGACCCUUCCAACCCAAACCAUUCUGUGAUUCUAUGAUUCUAUGAGUCUGUGAUUCUGUAAUUCUAUGUUCAAGACCAGUGUCCUGACUAGAAGCUGCCAGCUGUACGGUUGCAGCCUCCCCAGCCUGGUGGGACCAUUGCUUUCCAAAAUGCCUUUUGACCAGCCACCUGGAAGCCCCUGCUGACACUGAAGCUGGUUGGGUGUGACACCACAGGGUAACGCCAGGCAACGAGUGCAUUGUGAGCUCUGGCAGCAUUCUUCAGGAACCUCAAGAUGCCAGCAUGCAGCGCUUCACUAAUCCACUUCUCAAGCACAUAAUUCACAGGGACUACUUUGAUGCUGCUUCAAAGAGGCAGUGCCUGCAGUACUUGAGAGCCCUGAGGACACUGCAGCUUAACGGUUUCAACACCAUUUUUUUAGGAGAAACAGAUAUUCCAGAAACUCUCAUAACAGGAGAAAAAAAAGCCAAAUUGGACAGCCUGCGCUGGCCAAUAUGGACACUUAUUCAUGCUGGCAGCAGCCAAGGGUGGGUGCCCUGGAAGUAUAAACUGCUAUUAAGAGGUGAUCUGCCCAUCCAUCAGCAGAACAGUAUCUUUCAGGAGUUGUGUGAUUCUCUGACCGUCUCCUAUGGGAACUGUGUAAUUGUGACAAGGGAUAAAACGCAGCUGAUGCAUGUGGGGGCAACAGAUGGCCGGGAGCUGGAGAAAGGAACUCUGCCACCAGUGCCAACAGCAAUCUACGUGUCCAGCAUUAAGUGUUGUCCUGAAGUUGCCAGAGCAAAUGGCCAUGAGCUUCUUGUUGUGCCUUCGUCUUACAACUAUCUCUAUCCUAUGGAUGUCGCCUGGUCUUCUUUGAAAUGGUUUAUUAUAAACAACAGGAAGGACUUUGCCCUAAGGUCUUUUGACAGCACCCACUCCUACAGGUGUAUCCUCUUCAGUGACUUGAUUUUUAAAGGAAUAGAGAAUAUGACCCCAAACAAAUGGAGGGUAGCGUUUAACAGAGUGAAGAGAUGGGAGAACUACUACCUUGACACACUUUCUUAAGUGGUUCUUCUCGCAGUCAGGCCUCAAAUGUGUUUUGGUUGGUGUUGAAUGAGUUACCUUGCUCCAGCCCUCCUGAGCCCUUUCCUUCAAAGGGCAUAAACCUGAAGAAACAGGUGAAUAGCACUAAUAAAAGAUAUAAUUUUUAAUCCAAAUGUUUCAUUUCAGGUUUACUCCAGUACUAUGUUGAUAGGUGCUACGCUUGCACUGCCAAGGGACAGUUAAUUUGCCUUAUCACAAAAAUGGGCCAAAGCAUGCCUGAGAUGCAGUUUAGCCAGCCUUCUGCAUAAAUUCCGGUGAUGGGAGUCAUGAGACUGUGCCACAGAUGUGAAUGCCCUCAAUUUUGAGGAAGAUUGGGCUGCAGAAUGAAUUCUGCCUUUGAACCAAAUGGGAGAUCUGCUCCUGAGCGGGGAAUAUGCUGAACUGUGAUUGUCACCAGAGUCCACAGCUUAAAGCAGUCUAAAGAAUUUAAUACGACUUUGCCAUAAUAUGCACCUUAACAUCUGAUAGCAGCUCAGUAGUUCAUUAUGCCAAGUAUGAUGCUUCCAACAGUGGGCUGUGAUAAACAUUUCAGUGACAGGUAGAAGAAAUCUUUCUAAAAGUGAAGUUCCUUUCUGAAGCCUAACCAUUAGUAGUAAUUGGUUCAGGCUUUAGAGCAUGAAGAGUUCAGUCUCUGGCACUCAUCAGUGGAGAUUUUCUUUAUCUGUGACAUCAAUUACUGCAAUGUAAUGAUUUCUCAUGGAAUUGAGCUCAAAAGAUUAUUUGUGAGUGAUGCAAAGUAGUAUUUCUUAACAGCAGCUUUUUAAAGUUCAUUGAACACUUCCUUGGCUUUUUGAAAGUAGCUUCCAAUUUUCAUUCUCAGUUCCUUAUUACUUGGGUAUGUGUUUAUUGUGUACUUCUAAGAGAACAAAGACCAUAAAAAUUUAAAAGGAAUAAGUUAGGAGAUGAUUCAUGGGUUCACAAAAAAAAUUCUACUACACUGAGGCAAAACUGUGCAGUUUUUCUCCUGUGUGUGGAAACAAUCUAAACAGACAUUGUUAUUUGGUGUGGGAAAAGAGAUAUGUAGAAGAGGGAGUCUCAUCUACCUUCAGAAGUAUCGACACAUGCAGCUCUCUCGAGCUGAGAUGUGAAUAUACAGAGAAAAAUAACCAUCUUUUCUCAACUUCAUAUUCAUCAGCAAAAACAUCUGCUCAAUUUUUACAAAUAUGGAUGUAGCAGAGAAUGGAAAAUUAGGUGCUUCAGAUGCAAGGAGGAAAGAGUGGGGGGGAAAGAGGAGACACUGGAGAGGGGCAGGAAUGUUUUUAUUGCCCUGCUAUCAUGAACAUAAUGUCCCAUUGGCUUGAAGCAGCAAUUGCUCCAUUAAAUAUCUAUCAAUACGAAGUGGUGUGAAAUCAGCAUGAGGAAAGAAAGAGGCCCGGUGCCUCUUUACCGCAAGGACAGGCAGUAAUUGCACAGUAGCUUGGUUUUCUUAAGAAACAAAUGAUGCACACCCCAUUUUCCCAAUGACUGUUUACCUUCAGCCCAUGACAUUGCACUACACUGCUGGGGAGAAGUAACAGGCUCUCCACAGCUCAGCCUCACCGGUCCCUGCUGCCAUGGCUCCUGCAGCUGAGGGUUUAGGGCCCCACUGCAACACUUCUUCAUUGGUCAGGUCUGUCUUCUGCCAUCCCUAGGUUUGCAGUGGAGUCCAUGGGACCAGGUACAGAAUAACCUGGUUUCAUCCAUUUUAACAAUGAGGAAGUAUGAAAAAGGAAGUAAUUUGUGUCAUGGGAAUUUAUUGGUCUUUCCUGUUCUGUAUUCUUUGGUAAAAGAAGGGUGAAGCCUUCAUGAAGGGUUUCAUGAGAACAAGCAUGAGGAAAGAGGAAGUACCACGUCUCCCAGAAGGUGAGGGGAAAAACAUCCUUUCCCUGCAAAGGGCUGGGAAAGCCUCUCUAAACACCUUCACUCUUCUAGGCUUCCACUGGGAGGUUGUGGGCUGGCAAAACUUUUUUACCUAGUCCUACUUAAUGUGUAUGGAAACCUGAGGACAGGAAAAACUGAGUCUGAAAUCAAAUGAACUUUAGCAUUUUAUAUAAAAUCCUCUGAGAUGAGUCCUCUUUGUUCUUCCUCCCUCCCCCUUCGCUGCUGCAGAAUGGUAAUUGCAACCCAUGUUUUCCACAAAAUGUUGUAAACCUUUGUACCAAAGAAAAAUAUUGUGGCUCAUACAGUUCUGACUCAACUGGUAAUUUGGGAUGACAAGCAAUUCCUUUAACAUAUGACUAAACAAGCUAAUAGGAGGAUGUUACCUAAUAGCAUGCACCUUAUUCAAGAGCACUUGAAAUAGCAUGCAUGAGUCUAAUAGCUUCUUGGUAGGAUUUUAAAUACCUAUUAUUUUUAUUAGGUUUGUGAGCAAUAGCUCUUGUAGUGAGGCUCAGUACACUUGACCACUGCAGGAUACCAAAGAAAACCUCUUUGUUUCCACUCAUGGCUCUCUCUGGGUGACUGAAAUGCACCACGAGAAUAGAAUGAAUGUCUUCACAUAAAGAGAAGAGGCAGAUGCAAACGCAUAUGUUGAUGAAGAAGCUAUAACAGAUGUCUUUCUGCUCUAAGCUAGCUGGAAUGCAAAUCACCUGAAUUUUCAUGAUGUCUCAAUGACUAAUUGCUUCUGAAUACAUUUCCAAGUCUCGUCUUCAUGGAAAAAACCCAUUUCUUUUCCUCCAGCUCAUGGAGCAGGCCUGUAAUGACAGGCUAAACACAGAUUUUUUCCUUAGUUUCAAGUCCUCUGUCCUGAUAGCAUGCUGCAACCCAGAGUACUGACAGAACAAAUGCAGCUGGGGCAAGAGCCUACAGAGGCCCAAACCAGGGAUGUAACAAUGGGACACAAGGUGCGAGUUUCUGUGACAGAGCAGGCAGAGUGGUGCCCAUUUUGUACCAUGCCUGGGAACUAGGGGAAGGCCAGCCAAGUAGAAAAGUGACCAACAUCUCUCGAAGCCCAGCCUCUGUCUCUGUGAACUUGUUCCUUGAAAUUUCCUUCUGCAGGAACCAUGUGGAGGAGUGUAAAGAUUAUGCCCCUUACCACAAAAAAGAUAUAUCUCCCAUAGUAUCACAGAAUCACAGAAUCUUAGGGGUUGGAAGGGACCUUGAAAGAUCAUCUAGUCCAACCCCUCUGCCAGAGCAGGGUCACCUAGAGCACAUCACACAGGAACGUGUCCAGGCGGGUUUUGAAUGUCUCCAGGGAAGGAGACUCCACAACCUCUCUGGGCAGCCUGUUCCAGGGCUCUGUCACUCUAAAACUAUAAACUAAAAGUCAUUAAACUAUUUGAACAUAUAAGGGCAACUAAAUGGACACCACUCCUGCACGGUGCCUCUGGCCAGUGGCACCUGGAACUGUCAAGACCUGAGAUGCUGGCUCCUUGCUGAAGGAAGGGGUCUACCUCCCUGCCUGUGGGUGGUCUGUUCUGUCCCGGGACUCAAGAUUGGCUGGCCCAGGGCUGGCAUGCAGAUGGCAUAAUAUAUUGUGGCACCUGAAACUCACCUUAACCUGAAGAGAAGUCACCAGACGGCACAGGCCAGAGGGGGUGGCUUCUGCCUCUGUGAAAAAGGAAACUGGAGCUGAGGGAUACACUACUGUGCUGCAGCAUGCCAGAUCUUCAUGGAAUCCCAGGGGCGGAACAAAGGCUGCUAUCUAACUGUU